AUGACGACGACGUCCAAGCGCAUCGCUCUUGCCCUUUCCAACAUCAUCAUACCCCUCGCGGUACUCAACUUCGCAUUCGGCUUCUUUCCCUACAAACCCUUCCUCUCCGGAUUGACCACCUUUGAAGAGGUCGAGAAUGAAGAGCUGGGACUGGGCUUGCUCAAAGGCAAUGAUCGGCCACAGAGGAUCUUCGACAAGGUCGUUUUCAUGACCGUGGAUGCGUUGAGGAGGUGGGUACGUUCUUCGAAGGACGCAUGA